GGGGUUGGGGACAGUUGAGGGGUUGGGGACAAUUGAGGGUUUGGGGACAAAAAAGGGUUUGGGGACAGCUGAGGCGCGGGGGACAGUUGAGGGACAGGGGACAGUUGAAGGUUUGGGGACAAAAAAGGGGUUGGGGACAGUUGAAGGACGGGAGACAGUUGAGGGUUUGGGGACAGUUGAAGGUUUGGGGACAAGCGAGGGCUUGGGGACAGUUGAGGGACAGGGGACGGUGGAGACCCUCGGGACGGGCAAGGGGGAAGGGGUGGCCACCGGCGUGGGGACGGCGGAGGGACAGGGGACAACCAAGGGGAUGGGGACAGCUGGGACACGGGGGACACUUAAGGGCUUGGGGACAGUCAGGGGGUGGGGCUCGGUGAAGGGACAGGGGACAGUUGGGGGACAGGGGACAUCCGAGGGCUGUAGGGUGGGCAAGGGCCAAGGGUUGGCCACCGGCUUGGGGACAGCUGAGGGCCAGGGGACAACGAAGGGCUUGGGGACAGCCGAGGGACAGGGGACAGCCGAGGGCCAUCAGGCGGCUGUCCCCAAGCCCCCCGAGGUGGCCACCAGCCCGGUGACAUCUGGUGGCCCGAGCAAGGAGCUGGGGACAGCCGAGGGGACGGUGAGGGGGCUGGUGAGGUCCUGGAAGGUGGCCGAGGGCCGGGGGGGGGCGGCAGGUGGCCACGAGGGUGUGGGGACAGCUGAGGGACAGGGGACGGGCAGGGGCGGUGGGGGGGCCACCACGGCGGCCGUGACGGCCUCAACAACGGCCGUGAGGCCUACAGCGGCCAUGACGCCCUCGACGGUGGCCGUGACGUCCUCAACGAUGACCGUGACGUCCUCAACGUCCAUGACACCUUCAACGGCCACGACGCCCUCAACGACGGCCAUGACGCCCUCAACAACAUCCACGACACCCUCAACGACGGCCGCGAGGCCUACGGCGGCCAUGACGCCCUCGACGGCGGCCAUGACGCCCUCAACGACGGCUGCGAGGCCUACGGCGGCCAUGACGCCCUCGACGGCGGCCAUGACGCCCUCACCCCCAUCGGUGACACCCCCGGCGGCCGUGACGCCCGCGCAGGGGCGUGCGGAGGGCGGCGCCGGGGAGGGCCCGACGCCGGGGGGGCCCAGCGGGCCGGCGGCCAUGCGAGGGGCUCCCCGCCGCGAGCCCGGCCCCCCGCCGCCGGCCCACCCGGCCCUUCAACGCCGCAGCGGCAACACCAUCACGGUGCGGCCCCGGCGCGGGGGGACCGCCGAGGGGGGGUCCCCGGCUCCCGCCGCGCCUCCCGCGCCCCCCGCCGCCCCCCCGGGGCCCCCCAAGAAGCGGUACCCCACGGCCGAGGAGAUCCAGGUCAUCGGCGGCUACCUGGCCCUGCCCCGCUCCUGCCUGGCCAAGAACGACCCCCACCGCAAGAAGCUGAAAAUCUGGUUCAGCGAGCGGGAGCUGGAGCGCACCUUCUGCUACCCCUCCGAGGGGGCUCUGCUGGCGGCCUGGGGCCCCCCCGAGGAGCCCUCGCCCCCCCCGGCCCCCCCCCGGGCCCCCCGAGGAAGAGGAGGACGAAGACGACCCCCCCCCUGGCACGGGGGCUGCCGGGGGGGCUGCGGGCCCGCGCCCUGCUUGUGGACGAGUCCUGCCGGCGGUAACCCCAGCCCUGGGGGGGGGUCUCGCCGGUGGGACCCCCCCUAACGGGGCAGGACCCCCCCCCACAGCGGGGCAGGACACAUGGACCCCGACCCCAAGACGUGGCUAGCGGGGGGGGGAGGGGGAGCUGGCAGCCCCCCUCCCCCCCCCUCUUUUUAUAGCUUUUUUUUUUAAUUAGCAGCAUCGGGGGGGGUGGGGUGGGGAGGGGGGGGAUUUUCCUUAACGAGGUUUUUAACCUAAUUAAGGGCUUUUUAUAGCCGGGGGGCCGGGGGGGGGGGGCGGAUUUGUCAGUAUUGGGUCAGCCGGAGGUGGCCCAGUUU